GCACGCAAUAAUUGUAUGCACUUAGGUCUGCUAAAACCUUUUCCUAUUUGAACCCCUCCCUCCAUCUUCACCUACCCCCUCCCUCCCUGUUGUUCCUCGCAGUUCCUCUGUUUCAAAUUUCAAAUCCAAGACUCAGUAAAUGGCUUUGCCGAAUCAGCAAACCGUUGAUUAUCCAAGUUUCAAGCUCGUAAUCGUCGGCGAUGGCGGUACAGGAAAAACUACUUUUGUGAAGAGGCAUCUUACUGGCGAGUUUGAGAAAAAAUACGAACCAACGAUUGGUGUUGAGGUCCAUCCCUUAGAUUUCUUCACCAACUGCGGAAAACUCCGGUUUUACUGCUGGGACACUGCAGGACAAGAGAAGUUCGGUGGUCUUAGAGAUGGAUAUUACAUCCAUGGUCAAUGUGCUAUCAUUAUGUUUGAUGUUACUGCUCGGCUCACAUAUAAGAAUGUCCCAACAUGGCACCGUGAUCUUUGCCGAGUUUGUGAGAACAUUCCGAUUGUUCUGUGUGGAAACAAGGUUGAUGUCAAGAACAGGCAGGUGAAGGCUAAGCAAGUCACUUUUCAUAGGAAGAAGAAUUUGCAGUACUAUGAGAUAUCAGCAAAGAGCAAUUAUAAUUUUGAAAAGCCUUUUCUUUAUCUUGCUAGGAAACUUGCAGGUGACCCAAAUUUGCAUUUUGUGGAGGCGCCUGCCCUUGCUCCUCCGGAGGUGCAAAUUGAUAUUGCAGCCCAGCAGCAGCAUGAAGCUGAGCUUGAGGCUGCUGCUGCUCAGCCUCUUCCAGAUGAUGACGAUGAUGCUUUUGAGUAGAUAAGGUGUGUGGUUGUUGAGUGAAUGUAUGUGUUUCUAGCUCAUUUGAGUAUUAGGCCAAAAUUCUUGUGCACAUUGCGCACACAAGCAUUUGACUUGCUUUCAUCUCUGUAGUGUUCAACUGCUUUUCCAGUAUUUGCUUAUAAGCCAUUAUAUUUCUGCUUAAUGUUGAGAAUUUGAUUCAUGCUAUCUUUUACUUUCUUGUUACGUUGACUAAGUGGAAGUUGAGGCCUUUUGGAACUAAAAGGUUGUCUACAAC